CAUCGAGGCUCUUCCUUGCCCGGCAAGCCCCAUUACCCCUCACCAGCUAUUAAACCCAGCCAUGGCCCUAUGUUCUCCUUGCACGAUCGGAGCGUCGCCAGCAUGUAGAGAUGCCGCCGAAUUACACGCCUUGGACAUGGUCGCCCCCUCAUGGACGCCAUUAUUCGUAUCAAAUUACGGACGAUGGCGCAAUAAUUAACACCUUUUGGUCAGGGCCAGUAGCUCCUGCAGCUCCAGUAGCACCUUCGUCAAUUGAUGCAACAGUUACUGCUCCAACCAGUAGCACGCCACGAUACUCCCAACAGCCAUCGGUUGUCGUGCCGACAAAUCGAUCCAUACCUGGAGGUUCAUACCCCAGCGAGAUAUAUACCUUGAACCCUAAACCUACCGAGGUCAUACGAGUUGAGGACGAUGAGAGCAAUGCCGAGGAUGGAAACAAGGUAGAAGAAGACGAAAAAGAGGAGCCAAGGAUCGAUUCCCCCCAUGAGGCUCCAUACAAGUCAUCGAACACACUGGUCCCGCGGCCGGCCUCCAACACCAGCCAUACUCAGCAGUACGCAAAUACGGUUGUCUAUGGCUCAACACAAUGCAGCCCAUAUAGGAACACAAGUUACGAGCCUUCCCUAGGAUACCAACUUGUCAACCCGUAUACCCUUCCAGUGAAUGCUCAAACCUUCAGACCCACCAUAGCCUCUCUCCCACUGGAUGUACAGGCCGACAUAGGCUACAAAGACCGACGAUUCAUUCAAACAAGUACUGAUCAGAAUGAUUUGGAACAGCUAGACACUCGUUAUCGAAGAGUUGCAAGGCCACAUCAUCCGUACUUCUUCAUCCCAGGUCGUGUAAGUCCAUCUGAUUCGUUUGAAAUAGGUUAGGUUACAAAAAUGAUCUACGUUUCUUCUUACUAAUAUUUUAUCAGGUGUUCAAAAUGCUCUGGACAGAGCCUGCAGGUCAGGCCAAUCCUGGACGAACACGAAACUCUACACACUUCAGUAUGGUGUGGUGUGGCGAGCAAGCGUUUAGUGAGAUACGACGCUUUGUCGUCG